GGCCAAGCGCGGGGGAGGGGAGACCUGGGUGAUUUAAUCUGGGAGCGCGUCGCUGCUGCGAGGCUCGGGCGGGCGCCGGUGCGCACGUGGGCCCCUGCUUGCCCUGCAGCCGCCACCUGCCCAGUGACCAUGAUAGUGUUUGUCAGGUUCAACUCCAGCCAUGGUUUCCCAGUGGAAGUCGAUUCUGACACCAGCAUCUUCCAGCUCAAGGAGGCGGUUGCUAAGCGACACGGGGUUCCGGCUGACCAGUUGCGUGUGAUUUUCGCAGGGAAGGAGCUUAGGAAUGACUGGACUGUGCAGAACUGUGACCUGGAUCAGCAAAGCAUCGUUCACAUUGUGCAGAGACCAUGGAGAAAAGGUCAAGACAUGAAUGCCGCUGGAGAGGACAAGCCCAGAAACACCGCAGGAGGCUCUGGGAGGGAGCCUCAGAGCUUAACUCGGGUGGACCUCAGCAGCUCCAUCCUUCCGGCUGACUCUGUGGGACUGGCUGUCAUUCUGCAGGCUGACAGCAGGAAUGACUCACCAACAGCUGGAAGCCCAGGUAAUUGCAAUGACUCUAUCUAAGGUUAUUAAAGUGUUUU